GCCCCUGAAGUGAUGAAAGCCCCGGCCGAGUCCAGGUCGCGCCGAAGCCGUUGCCCUUUUAAGGGGGAGCCUUGAAACGGCGCCCGGGUUCCAUGUUUGCAUCCGCCUCGCGGGGAGGAAACUCCAUGUUGUAACAAAGUUUCCUCCGCGCCCCCUCCCUCCCCCUCCCCCUUAGAACCUGGCUCCCCUCCCCUCCGAAGCUCACGGGGAUCCCUCCCUCCCACCCCCCCUCCCCCCCGCGCCCCGAUUCCGGCCCGAGCCGGGGGGGAGGCCGGGCGCGCGGGCCAGAGUCCGGCCGGAGCGGAACGCGCCCGGCCCCAUGGACAGCUCGGCCGUCAUUACUCAGAUCAGCAAGGAGGAAGCGCGGAACCCGCUACGGAGCAAAGGUGACCAGAAGUCAGCGGCUUCUCAGAAGCCCCGGAGUCGGGGCAUCCUCCACUCACUUUUCUGCUGCGUCUGCCGGGAUGAUGGGGAGGCCCUGCCCGCCCACAGUGGGGCACCCCUGCUCGUGGAGGAGAACGGUGCUGUCCCCAAGACCCCCGUCCGGUACCUGCUCCCUGAGGCCAAGGCCCAGGACUCGGACAAGAUCUGCGUAGUCAUCGACCUGGACGAGACCUUGGUGCACAGCUCUUUCAAGCCAGUGAACAAUGCCGACUUCAUCAUCCCUGUGGAGAUUGAUGGGGUGGUCCACCAGGUCUACGUGCUGAAGCGGCCCCACGUCGACGAGUUCCUUCAGCGGAUGGGUGAGCUCUUCGAAUGCGUGCUGUUCACCGCCAGCCUUGCCAAGUAUGCAGACCCCGUAGCUGACCUGCUGGACAAGUGGGGGGCCUUCCGGGCGCGGCUGUUUCGUGAGUCAUGUGUCUUCCACCGGGGCAACUAUGUGAAGGACCUGAGCCGGCUGGGCCGAGACCUUCGGCGGGUGCUCAUCCUGGACAACUCGCCCGCCUCUUACGUCUUCCAUCCGGACAACGCAGUACCGGUGGCCUCGUGGUUUGACAACAUGAGUGACACGGAGCUCCACGACCUCCUGCCUUUCUUCGAGCAGCUCAGCCGCGUGGAUGACGUGUACUCAGUGCUCAGGCAGCCCCGGCCCGGCAGCUAGUGAGGCGCCACGGGGCCAGGACCUGCCCCUGACCACACCCGCACCCCUCACAGGCGGACUCUUCCUUAAGAAAACUCAGCGCCACGGGGAAGUGGGCGUCUCCCCGCCAGCCUGGCCAGGCUGUGGAGGGGGCAGCAGGCUGCACCGCGGGCGAGGAGCCCCUGGGUCCCUGUGUCAGUGCCUUAGAACCUCCUCCUUCUCGGGGACCUGUGGGGUCCUGCGUGCUGCUCUCCCUCUCCCUCUCUUUCUCUCUCUCUCUGCACCGCCAUGUUUCUCUGCUGCCAAAUUGGGUCCCUCAGGCCCCUCCAGUUCUGCCUGGGGGAGGGGCAGGAUUUUGCUGCCUCACGCCUUGGGCCCCCAGCCUGGGAACAGUGGACACCAAGUGCCUUGCAUAGAGCCCUCUUCCUGGCCCCGUUUUCCCAGGGCCGCGAUCCGGGUCAGCUCUGCCUAGAACAGCCUUCAGGUUGCAGCAGUCUAGGCUGGUGGGGGAGGACCCAGUUUCCCCACCUCCUCCCUGGGACUGCUACAGCCCCCACCAAUCUCUGCCUGGGAGGGCCGGGAGGGUGGAAGAUCUGUUACCACUUGUAAAGGGAGCAGGGGUCUGUCUUUCAGGACCCCAGAAUCCAGCUUCUCUGGGCUCAGCACCUGAGGGUUGCUUCCCACAUGGCCCAACCUCCAACCUCUCACCUCUGCCUUGACCACCCUGAGGCUGUGGGGUUUGGCGCCCCCAGGUCCCCGUGUGGGGGCGUAGGCAGGGUCCUUUU